GCUGGGACUAGGCGUCGUAUCACGACUUCAAGUCGAGCGCAUUGAUUGUGCUGUUUCAUGUGCUCGAUGAUGGUAGCCAGCGAGGAUUGGCAGACAUCGGGACUACGAACAGACAGAAAGAGCUGACGGAGAUAUCAAGGGAAACAAAAGUGCAUCUGGUGGCAACCGAUCAGGGGUAGAAACUUUCAACGUCGUAGGCUCCAUAUCAGCUGGUAACAAGUCCGAUUGCUUGAAGUGCAGAUUUCCUGGAAUAGACGUCAAAAAUGCUUUUUGUAGAUGAGGAUAGGUAGAGAAUGGCAGAAGCGGGGUGAACGAACAAUGCGGGGUAGAUCAGAGGUCCAUCCUACAGAUGUUCACCGUCAAUCAGUCCACGUGUGUCGCAUGCCACUCUUUCGUUCAUUAUCUGAAAACCACGGAGAGAGUUGUUACUGAAAGAUGGCAACGGAAACGCUCCAGACCGAGGCCCACAAGGGACCUGCUGCAUCAAACGUCAGCGAACACACAGCCAAUCCCUACAAAGCUGCUCGCGAAGCUCUCCACCGAGAUGGUUUCGUCAUCCUCUCCGCAGCUCUCUUCCCAACCUUCGACCUCGAAGCACUCCGCUCAGCAGCAACACGCAUGACCGAAGCUGCACGCACAGGAAAAUGGCCAUACAUCCGCACUCUCCCCAAACAGUUCCCACCAUGGCCUCAGGACCCAUCAAAAGGCAUAUGGGGCGUGCAGCACCUGCUCCAUCCGUCAAAUCCAGAUCAUGCACUGUUCGCAAAAAGCUACUUCGAUGAGGAGCUGCUGAGGUACGUCGCUGCAUUGAUUGAGUGCAGAGAAGAGGACCUCACGAUGGAAUUGUACAACAUGCUUGUCCGCCCAGACGCCGACUUUAGCUUGCGCUGGCACAGAGAUGACAUCGCUACUACUGCUACGCCGGAGGAAGAGAUGGAGCGCUUGAAUAGGCCGGGGUAUCAUGCGCAGUGGAACCUUGCGCUUUUCGAUGAUAGCAGUCUUGUCCUUGUCCCUGGGAGCCACAGACGCGCAAGAACCAAUGCAGAACGAGAAGCCGACCCAUAUGAACCCAAUAUGCCGGAGCAGAUCACGGUUCAGUUAAAGGCUGGGCAAGUCGCGUUUUACAACAAUAACAUACUGCACAGGGGGGUGUAUGAUAGUACCAAGGAGCGAAUGACGUUGCAUGGGAGUAUUGGGACGGUAGCGGCGGGUGAGCAGAGGGCAAGGAAUGUGUUGCAGCAUGGUGUCGGAGAGUGGGCAAAAGAAGAUGAUUUUGGGGAUCUGGAGCCGAAGAUGAGGGAGAGGGCGACAAAGAUGAGGGAGAGGCUAGUAGAGUUGGGAAAGAGAAGCAAAAAUGUUGGGUUCUUUUCGAAAGACGAAUGAUAAAUUCAAUCUAGGUAUAUAGUCUUCCAUUCUUGCCCCUCAAAUAGAUCUUUAGGAGAGGUGAUGACAACCGCUCCUAUUCUUU